CACACAACACUCCUCCAAAGUGGCUCUCUCUCUCUCGCUUUCCUUGUGUGCGAUUUCGAGCCUUCGUUUUAAUGGCGUGAACUAGAAACAAGACGACGACUGUACGGUCUCUCCUUCCGGAAUCAUGGCGGUACGUAGAAGAACCCUAGCCCCUUUCUUUCUCUUCUAUCACUCUCUUCAGUCUCCGAUCAGCUUGUGAUUUGAAAACUCCAUAGAACCGCCAUUGAAAUGGAGCAAACCUUAAUCAACGAACAUCGUCAUUUUCCUUCUUUUCUCACGUUUUAUCGUUUCUGUUUUCUCGAACCCAUGUUUUUCUUCUGCAGAAUUGUGAUGUGGGUUUUGGUUUGAUCUGUUGAAAUUUCGAUCUCUCUCCUCUGUUUGUGUCGGGGUCCUCGAAACGGCUGUGGAAGACGAGAGAGAGAAGGAACACCGCCAUGAUGAUGAAAAAUGAGUUUUCCUCUGCUUCCUCUCCUUCCCGUUCUCCUCCAUUAAUGGAGAUCCUCAGAACCUCGUCACAUUCUUCCAACCUCCAUUUUUUUCCUCAAAACUUCUGCGGAGAAUCGUCUUCGAGCAGUGUCUCUUUCCGAUCGUCGUCGGAUCACUCUAUCUCCUUCUCUAAUGGGUUAUGCUCCUCCGAUGGUUCUCCGUUCGCUCCUCCUCUGUUUGAUCCGACGGCAAAGUACUGCCACGCUUCACCGGUUUCACUGUUUCAUAAGGAUGUGAAGAGUAUCAAUGAGGAGGAUCUGGGUCUGUGGGAAAAUCUCUAUCUGAUGAACAUCAGGGACGACGAUGAGGAUGAUGAAGAAGAAGGAGAGAAGGGUUCUAAUGGACGAACCGAGAAUCGCACAGAUGUUCUUGGGUCCAUUCCUGAGAACGAUCACGCUGAAUUCACUGGAAUCCCAUUCUACAGCCUUGGAAAAUGCGAAAAGCUUAAUGGAUUCAACAAUGGUGGAUUUGGUCCCGGAGGCUUUCCGUAUGGAGUUUCCUCCGCUUAUGGCGUUGAUAAAUCUGCAUUGUUCUAUAAUCAAAAGGGUUCCACUGGUAUUGAUCAUAAAAUUUCAUAUGAUCCAUGGCUGAACGCUGGUCGAUACAAUCGGAGCAGCUCUGGAUCGGACCAGAGAAACAGUGUCAAAAGAAACAUCUUUGGCAUGAGCGCUGUUCCUCUGCAGAGGCCAUACAGUAGUCCUUAUAGAGCCGAUUUGUUUGCCAAUUCUCAGCAACUGGGCAUGUUCAGGUGUGCUUCGAACUCAUGCCCUUCUCGACAGAUGGCGAAGCCGGGUUUUUCUUACAACGUGAGUUGCAGAGGAACGGACUUGUCCCCAUUGUUCUGCCAAGACACUGUCGGAUUUCCAACCAAUCGAGUCCCUCAGUCCAUGGUUUCAGCUAAAGGUGUAGAAAGGUUUAGUUUUGAGGAUAGUUUACUCUUGCAAGGUAAAAGCUUGAACUAUGGCGUCGACAGUUACAAAAUUCCGCCAUUGGAUCAUAGGAGAAGGGGCAUCGGAAACACAGACACUCGCCCAUGUCUGCUUAAUGUCUCUGAAAUCCAGGGUUAUGUAUACUUGAUGGCUAAAGACCAGCACGGUUGCCGAUUCUUGCAGUGGGUCUUUGCCGAGGGAAGUGCCAUAGAUGCCACGGCCAUAUUCAACGAGGUUAUUGAUCAUGUCGUCGAGCUUAUGAUGGACCCUUUUGGAAAUUACCUGAUGCAGAAACUGUUGGAUGUCUGUACUGAAGAACAGAGGACCGAGAUCAUCCUUGUCGCGACUGCAGAGCCCGGGCAGCUUAUCAGGAUAUCGUUGAACGCUUACGGUACAAGGGUUGUCCAGAGAUUAGUCGAAACAAUCAGAACCAGGAAGCAGAUCUCGCUGGUGAAAGCGGCUCUGAGACCCGGUUUUCUCGAUCUCAUAAAGGAUUUAAACGGAAACCACGUGAUUCAACGCUGUUUGCAGUGCCUUAGUGCAGAAGAUUGCAAGUUCAUCUUCGAUGCUGCCACUAAGUUCAGCGCCGAUAUCGCAACCCAUAGGCACGGCUGCUGUGUACUGCAAAAGUGCAUCGCUCAUUCCAUGGGACAGCAGAGAGAGAAGCUCGUCGCCGAAAUAUCCAGAAACAGCCUCCUCCUCGCCCAAGACCCUUUCGGGAACUAUGCUGUCCAGUACGUGAUAGACCUGAGGUCUCCUUCGGCCAUGGCGAUGAUGCUAGCUCAGUUCAAAGGGCAUUACGUUCAGCUGUCGAUGCAGAAGUUCAGCAGCCAUGUGGUGGAGAGAUGCCUCACAUAUUACCCGGAGACCCGUCCUCAGAUCGUACGUGAGCUCGUCUCUGUUCUUCACUUCGACCAGCUUCUUCAGGACCCUUUCGCCAAUUUCGUCAUCCAAUCCGCUCUUUCCGUCACCAAGGGUCCACUCUAUGCUUCGCUCGUGGAAGUGAUAAUGCCUCAUUCGAUUCUGCGCAACAAUCCCUACUGCAAGAGGAUUUUCUCGAGGAAUCUCUUGAACAAGUGAAAGGCUCAUCUCUCUCUCUUGUUAUGAGUCUGUAAUUUCCAAUCUUGUUGUUGUUUUCUUCUUCCCCUAGUUUUUUUUCCCCCUCCAUGAAUAAACUCUGGGCAUGGUGUCUGCUGUCUAGAUCCAGACAAGAAGGACACUCUUGUGUUGGAUUUAUUCUGUUGUUGUUUCUUCUCAUCUAAU